UGAGCGCUGUGAUGCUGUUCGGAUUAUCUUUGAAGAUGUGUUUUUGUUGCUGAGCUUUUCAAAAUGUGAUAGGAAAAAAUUACAGCCAAAUACACAUGCCGAGAAAACAACAUCAAUCCACUGGAAAGAAUCCACUGAUCUCUUCACGGUUCCAGCGGAACCGGGCAAACUAGAAAAGGCCGCCAUGUCACAUCCGGGUUCCGACCAGGAGAUGGCGCCAUCGCAUGCGUCGGGGUCGAGGUCAGAGAAAAUUGGGUCACUACGGCCAAGUAACCCUUUCCUGAAAUACGUCAUGGGCGAUAUCAAUGUUCUGAAUGAUUGGCUGACGGACAAGCCGUGGAUUGUGCAGAUGCCUAACUGGAUAUUUCGGGGAAUAGGCGCCCCGAUCUUUUUGAAUAAUCCGAUCAGUGGUUUGAUAAUUAUGGUGGCCAUGUUUAUCAGUAAUGCAUGGGUCGCCAUCAAUGGGCUGUUAGGACUUGUCACCGCCAUUUUGACUGCUUUGGCACUGAAGCAAAACCGAGGAGACAUUCAGUCGGGAGGCUGCACGUUUCAUGGAAUGCUUAUUGGGAUUGUAAUAGCUGCUACUGUUAAGCCUAUGUGGUACCCUUGGGUGAUAUUCGAGACCUUGGGACUUGGAAUUAUAAGUGUUUACGUAGCCAGCGGCCUGGGGACACUUUUUGGGAAGUUUAACCUGCCUGCACUCAACCUUCCGUUCAACCUCGUCAUUUUCAUCUUCUUGGCGGCAGUUGGGACGAAUAAUCCACACUUCGAUACUAGUCCACCAGCUGCAAAUGUAACCAGUUUGAAUUGGGGACAGAUAUGGUUGGCCAUCCCGAACAGCAUGGGCCAGAUCUACGGUUCUAUGCACAUUGCGAGUGGUUUCCUUAUUUUGCUGGCAAUGCUAGUCGCCUCUCCAAUCACAUGCCUGCAUGCAAUCCUUGGAUCGACAAUCAGUAUAUUCGCAGCAAUCAGCAUCGCAGCGCCUCCACAGCAAAUUUACGACGGAGUGUGGGCCUUUAACGCCGUCCUGACGUGUGCAUCGCUCGGUGGCUUCUUCUACGUCAUCAGCAUUCAUUCCUUUUUUGUGGCACUUUUUGCAGCAUUUUUCUCAACGUAUGUAUUCGGCGCCAUGGCAAAGAUGAUGGCGGUGUUUCACCUUCCGGCAGUUGCAUUUGCCUUCAACCUAACUACAACGAUAUUCCUGUCCGUUAGCACCAGCAGUCCGUCCUUGGUCCGAGUACCUAUGAAUGAGAUUACAUACGCUGAGCUGCAUUGGAAGGUUAACCGGAACACAAAGGUUACAGACAUCAGUAACUAGUAACCCUCUUCGCCAAGAAAUGCCAAAUGGCUAAGAUUUUUUCAAUGAUUUCAAGAACUUACCGCCAUCACUCAACAGAUUACCGAGAAAAUCAAAUUCUCAGAAGCGGGACAUGUUUUAGUAUACGAUUGAUGUCUAAGUAUAUUACGAUCUCAUCUGUACCAGUUGUUCGUAUUUUGUAUGUAGUUAGCAACAUUUUUGUAAAUAGCGAAACGUACAUAUGAAUGUGUCAAAUAACGAAUCAAUUACUUCUUGAUUAGCAUACAUGUCAUGCAUGUGAAUGUACAUGUACGCACAAUGUUUUCGAGUCACAGACUCU